CAUAUUUAUUCAAAGUUUGAUUCCACUUACAGUUCCAACAAGCUAACAAUUAUCACUCCAGACUUUGAUCUAAUGGCAACUCCAAGUUCCCGUAGAUUCACGUACGAUGUGUUCCUCAGCUUUAGAGGGGAAGACACGCGUUACGAUUUCACAGGUAAUCUGUACAAAUCUCUGUGUGACAGGGGAAUUCACACUUUCAUCGAUAAUGAGGAGCUUCAGAGUGGAGAGAAAAUCACAGCAGCACUUGUGAAGGCAAUUGAAGAGUCUAGGAUUGCCAUCGUUGUGCUCUCUCACAACUAUGCUUCUUCCUCCUUCUGCUUGGAUGAACUUGCAGCCAUCCUUGACUGCAAGAAUAAAGGGCUACUUGUUAUACCCGUAUUUUAUAAGGUGGACCCUUCAUAUGUGAGACACCAGAAAGGCAGUUAUGGAGAAGCAUUGACUAAGCGUCAGAGAAGGUUCGAAGAUACACAGAAGGUGCAGAAAUGGGAGGCAGCUCUGCGUCAAGUAGCUAACUUGUCUGGCGAUCAUUUCAAAGAAGGAGAUGAGUACCAGUACGAGUUUAUUGGGAGAAUUAUUGAACGGGUUUCCAGGGAAAUUAAUCGUGCUCCUUUACAUGUUGCGGAUUACCCAGUUGGCCUACUGUCACAGGUGCUGGAAGUCAAGGAACUUUUGGAUGUUGGAUCUGAUGAUGUUCACAUGAUAGGGAUCCAUGGAAUGGGCGGGUUAGGAAAAACAACACUUUCUGUAGCAGUGUAUAAUUUGAUUGCUGAUGAUUUUGACAGUUCAUGCUUUCUUCAAAAUGUAAGAGAAGAAUCAAAGAAACAUGGUUUAAAACACCUCCAGACCAUCCUUCUUUCGAAAAUACUUGGAGAGAAGGACAUCAACUUAGCUAGUGAACAUGAAGGAAUUUCAAUGAUACAACAAAGGUUGCAGCGAAAGAAGGUUCUCUUGAUUCUUGAUGACGUUGACAAGUGGAAGCAGUUACAGGCACUUGCAGGAAGAUCUGAUUGGUUUGGCCCCGGCAGCAGAAUUAUCAUUACCACUCGGGACCAACAACUGCUAAAAUCUCAUGAGAUUGAAAGAACUUAUGAGGUGGAAAAAUUGAAUAGGAAUGAUUCUCUUCAAUUGCUUAAAUGGAAAGCUUUCAAAAAGGAACAAGUUGAUCCAAGUUACGUGGAGGUCUUGGAUGAUGUAGUAACAUAUGCUUCUGGCCUUCCAUUGGCUUUGGAAGUAAUUGGUUCCAACCUGUUAGCAAAAAGUGUGGAAGAGUGGAAAUCUGCUAUCAAUCAAUAUAAAAGAAUUCCUAGCAAUCAAAUCCUAGAGAUACUUAAAGUAAGCUUUGAGGAUCUAGAGAGUGAAGAGAAGAGUGUUUUUCUUGACAUAGCUUGUUGCUUCAAAGGAUAUAUAUUAAGAGAGGUAGAAGAUAUUCUUGGAGCUAUUUAUGAUGACUGCAUGAAACAUCAUAUCAGUGUGUUGGUUGACAAAUCUCUCAUAAAGGUAAAGAAUGAUUGGUGGAGUAAAGUUGAAAUACACGACCUGAUUGAGGAAAUGGGUAGACAAAUUGACCGACAAGAAUCACCUGAAGGGUCAGGGAAGCGCAGGAGAAUAUUGUUACCUAAAGAUUUAAUUCAAGUUUUAAAGGGGAACACAGGAACUAGCAUUAUUGAGAUCCUAAGUCUUGAUAUCUCGAUAUACAUGGGAAAAGAAACACUGGAUUGGAAUGCAUUUGGAAAUAUGAAAAACCUAAAAGUACUUAUUAUUAGAAAUUUCGGAAUUUCUGGAGGUCCCAAUUGUUUUCCAGAAAGUUUGAGAGUACUGAAAUGGGAUGGAUACCCUUCAAAUUGUUUUCCAUCAAAUUUUGACCCGAACAAACUUCUGAUAUGCAAGUUAGCAUUUGGUCGUUUUACGUCAUUUAAAUUCCCUGACUCAUCAAAGAAGUUCGAGAAUCUAACCGAAUUGAAUUUUGACGACUGCAAUCUUUUAGAACAGAUACCUGACGUAUCUGAUCUGCCAAACUUGGAGAAGCUUUCAUUUCAAUGGUGUGGGAGUUUAGUUUCAGUUCACAACUCAGUUGGUUUUCUGACUAAACUCAAAAUACUAAUAGCUGAAAGAUGCGAGAAGCUAAGGAGAUUUCCGCCUCUCAACUUGACUUCUCUUGAAACACUAGAACUUUCGCAUUGUUUAAGUCUUGAGAAUUUUCCAGAAAUAUUGGGAAAGAUGGGAAACAUAAGGAAACUUAGUUUGCGUAGACUUCCCAUCAAAGAAUUACCAGAUUCAUUUCAAAAUCUUACUGGACUGCAAGAGUUAGAAUUGAACUGUGAUUUUAUUCAGUUAAGUGGCAAUGUCUUGACGCCCGAACUGACUAGCCUCUGCGUUGUUACUUUCAAGGAGUGGAAAUGGGUAAAAUCAAAAGAGGGUGAAGAAGAUGUGGGCUCAACAGUAUCUUCAAAUGUACAAUCAUUUUGGGGUUCUUACAACCUGGAUGAUGAUUUUUUUUCAGCAGUUUUCCCUCAGUUGGCUCAAGUAAAACAGUUGUGGCUGGUUAGAAGUAAUGUCUCAUUCCUUCCUGAAUGCAUGAAAGAAUUCCACCACCUGAAUGAUCUUGGUGUGAGUUUUUGCAAGUAUCUAAAGGAAAUCAGAGGGAUUCCACCAAACUUGAGAAAGUUCAGGGCAGUAGAGUGUAGAUCAUUGACUUCCUCGAGUUCAAGCAUUCUGUUAAAUAAGCAACUUCAUGAGGCUGGAAAGACUGAUUUUAUCUUUCAAGGAGGAAGUAUCCCAAGCUGGUUCGAUAAACAAAGUCGGGGACCUUCAAUUUCUUUCUGGUUUCGUAAUAAAUUUCCCGCCAAAGUUGUUAGUCUUGUUAUUUUAGCUUUACAGCGGCCUCAAUUUGCGGAAACAGUUAGACCCAUGGUGUUAAUCAACGGCGAAUAUCGAGGCUCUUAUGAUUAUAGUUAUUAUUUGAAGAGAGAAGAGGGGAUUGUGGAAUUGGAUCAUGUGUACCUCUUUGAUCUACGAGUGACACCUUUUCGUGAUGAUCUGACGGAAAUGCCUUUAGAAGAAGAGUGGAAGCAUGUGGAGGUUACGUACGAAGGUAUGUAUGAUACCUCACUCAUCAAAGCAAUGGGAAUCCAUGUAGUCAAAACGGAAAGGACGAGCAUGGAGGAUAUUAGAUAUGAUAUUCCUUUUUAGCUUUUCUUCUUUUCUUCUUUCGCUUUAUGUCAGCUCUCAUUUUAUUUACAACUCUCAUCACAACUCUCUUUGGGUUUACAUUGUAAAACAUAUAUUUCCAAAAUCCUUCAUGA